CGCCCUCGAACCGUAGGACUGAAAGUGGGCAUAAAGACGCGUCGAGUGUUACAAAUCAUGUCCUCCAACUCCUGAAUUCUCUUUAUUUUCUUCCAAAGCAAUACCUGGCUCUCUCUUGCACUUGAAUCCCAGCCUUGCGCCUUGGGUUCACCGCCAACUGUCGUCAUAAAAUUCCUUAGCGUAGUCGCGGGCUAUAUCAAGAUACGCGCUCUUCUGUUUCUUUUCCCUCAACGACUCCUCCUUGUACAACACCAGACCUUCUUCACAACCACGAUGUCUAACUUCGGUACCUUCGGAGCUCGCGCAGCCAAUUCCAAUGGCAUUGCGAAUUCGAUCGCGAAUGCAACAGCUGGCUCUGCGAGUCCGUUUACGCCCGCGCUGGCGACACCAACAAACUCGACUUCACAGUCCGCAAAUCGAGGUGCCUUUAGCGCAAGCAACUUUAGCGGUUUCCUCUCCCACAAUAGUUCGGCAAGUGACUUGAGCAUCUGCCAAGGAACUGGCGCUGUACCCUUUCAGGCCUUCGUCGAGAAUGAACCCAACAGUCCCACACAUCAGCAGAAUGCCUUCCAACACAUAUGUUUUCAACAACCUUACCAAAAGUGUUCCCCAGAAGAACUGAGACUCAACGACUACAAUCAAGGCACAAAGUUUGUUCAGGUUCGAUGUCCCCGUACUGGUGCAAUUGCAGGUGCAUUCGGAGGUUCUCCAUUUGGUGGCUUUGGCGCGACAAAUACUGCAUUUGGCAGAACUGCACCAUCAACACCUACAAAUGCUGUUGCCAUCUCCCCAGCUGCAGGUUUUGGAACUACCGGAACGAAUCCAAACACUUCAGCAAACCUGUUUGGCAACAGUGCUGCAACUGCCAAGCCCGGAGUGGCUGGAUUGAGCACUUCUUCAACUUCCAGCGUCUUCACUAGUUCCGCUGUGUCUGGUGCUACUCUGCCCAAAUUCACCGGCUUUGGAGGAGCAUGCCCUACUACCCCUACCCCAAACGCUUUUGGCAACUCAUUCGGGUCCGCGAAUCCGCCCUCCAUCUCCGCUAGUACUACACCUAGUGGCGGCCCCUUUGCAAGCAACGGAAGCCUUUUCACUGGUCCCUUGUUCGCAUCAGUUGGCGGCAACUCGCAAUCUUCCGUGCUCAUGAAUACAUUUGGCGGCCCUGUUGCAACCGGUGAUCAAGUGCCAAGCGCUGUGACUGGUCCCCUCGGAUCUGCAAUGUUCUCUAGUCCUGCUGCUGCUACUGUUUCCACUCCUAAGGUCACUGGAGUUGGAAGCUCCGUGUCUCUGGCCAACCAAUCCAGCAAGCAGCCAACUGCUAGCGGUGGAAUCCUAACGAGUGCUACUGCUGGUAACAACGCCUCCAGCACGGCAGCCGCCAGCAUUCCAGCUCCCUGGGACGGCCUGUUCGAUCCUGACGGAGAUGUCGAAAUUACCGCUAAGUACCACGGUGCUACUGUUACUGGAAAGGUCUCAUCCAGAAUCAUGGCUUUUGCUAGUCCGAUCUGGAAGAAGCUCAUAUUCCCGGACGCGAACCGAGUCGAGGCUGCAGCACCAACACUCAUCGGCGAGCAGCUCGAGAAUGAUGAGGUCGGAGAGCGUGCGUUACCAAAACCAGCCCUAUGCAGCAUCCCUGUUAAGAAGCUCGACUUCAGUGACGAUGACGGCGAUUCGCUUCAAGUCAUCUUGAACUUGGCUCACCUUAGAUUCGGCAAAGUCCCCACCACCGCUUUACCCAAUCUCUACAAGUUUGCCGUACUUUGCAACAAGUAUGACUGCGUCAGACUGAUUGGUGGACCUUGGCUAUCGGCUUGGUUGAGGUUGCCCAAGUCCCCCUCUGUCGGCACCCUAUUCAUUGCAUGGGUUUUUGGCCAGGAGCGAAAGUUCGACAGUACCAGCUCUGUUAUGAUCAAGGGCAUUCGUUUGGACGAGAAUGGUAACUAUCUGGCUCCCUCAGGAGUUGCGUUGAACUGGAACUUGCUUCCGUCGAAGACCACGUGUAAACAAAUUCGAGCAACUCGACGAGAUACCAUUGAAAAGCUUCUCAAAGUCGUAUACGACGCUAUUUCAAUGUACGUCAACUCAGAGGAGAUUCUUUGCGCCCAACGACACAAGAGCUGCCAUGCUAUUACCUUAGGAACCCUCAUCUUGGAUGCUGCUAAGGCAGAUCUUUGGUAUUUGGCAGGAUUAGAUUGUCUGUCCAGAAACUAUGGAUUGGAGUUUCCUCGGGUCAAGAUUUCUAGACCACAAUCAAAGCUGUAGCUUUGCCUAUGUAAUUGUACAGUGUC